AUGCUCCCACCGACCCCGCAACCAACCUCAAAUCCAGAUCUUCCCGAUGAUUUGCUACUGAGCUGCUUCGUACGCGUCUCGAGACUGUACUAUCCGAUUCUCUCCCUCGUCUCCAAGAGCUUUCGUUCUCUUCUUUCUUCACCGGAGCUUUACCAGACUCGCUCUCAGUUAGACCGCACGGAGAGCUGUCUCUAUGUUUGCUUAUCGCUCCCUCCUGGCCCUAACCCUCACUGGUUUACACUCUGCCGGAGACCUAAUCAAACCCUAAAGAGAAAGAAGAAGAAUAAGCUAAGUAGCAUGCUUUUGGUUCCGGUCACAUCUCCCAGUUCAGCUCCUGUUCGGUCGAGUUUCGUCGCUGUUGGUUCUGAUAUCUACGAAAUCGGCGGACUCAUCAAUGGCGUGCCUUCCUAUACCGUCUCGAUCUUUGAUUGUAAAUCUCACUCGUGGCACAAGGCUCCAAACAUGCAGGAGGCUAGGGAUCACCCUUUCGCCAAGAUCAUGGAUGGAAAGAUAUAUGUUAAAGGACGCCCUAAUUACUUCAGUUCAGCUAAGCCAGUAGAGUUUUUCGAUCCAAAAGCCCAAACUUGGACACAUGAAACUAAAGAAUCGAAAUCACCGGAUGAUUUUCAUGGAAUGGCAUCGCAGAUUUCUUCUUAUUGCUUGAUAGAUAACGUCUUGUAUCGGUAUAACUAUCUUAAGGGAGAGUUCCAAUGGCAUGACAGUAAGGCAAGGGACUGGAGACACUUGAAGCUUUUGGAAGGAAUGCCUAAGUUUUUUAUUGGUUCGAGUCAGGUUCAAUUGGCCGAUUUUGGUGGAAACAUGGCUGUUUUAUGGGAAAGGCAUGAUGGUUCUAGCGACUGUAAUAAGGAAAUAACAAUUUGGUGUGCGGAGAUUUCGCUUGAAAGGUGUGCUAGUAAAAAGAUUUCUGGGACUGUCGAGUGGUCUGAUGCUGUGCUUAAAGUCCCCACGUGUUUUGGAUUUGUGGAUAUUGUUUCUGCUACUGUUUGA